AUGGAGGCGGCGGUGCUGAGCGGGCUGGCUUUGGCCCUGGCUUUGGCCUUGGCGCUGGCGCUGCCCGCCCUGGCCCUGGAGAACGGGCUGGCGCUCACCCCCACCAUGGGCUGGCUGGCCUGGGAGAGGUUCCGCUGCAACGUGGACUGCCGGGCGGACCCCCGCAACUGUAUCAGUGAGAUGCUCUUCAUUGAGAUGGCAGACCGCCUGGCGGAGGAUGGCUGGAGGGAGCUGGGCUACGAGUACAUCAACAUCGAUGACUGCUGGUCUGCCAAGCAGCGGGAUGCGGCAGGACGGCUAGUUCCCGACCCCGAGAGGUUUCCCAGGGGGAUUAAGGCCCUGGCUGACUAUGUCCACGCCCGGGGACUAAAGCUGGGCAUUUACGGUGACCUGGGCACCCUCACCUGCGGGGGCUACCCAGGCACGACGCUGGACCGUGUGGAGCAGGAUGCCCAGACCUUUGCGGAGUGGGGUGUGGACAUGCUGAAGCUGGAUGGGUGCUACUCGUCAGGAGAGGAGCAGGCAGAGGGCUACCCAGAAAUGGCGAAGGCCUUGAAUGCCACAGGCCGCCCCAUCGUCUACUCCUGCAGCUGGCCAGCAUAUCAGGGGGGGCUCCCCCCAAAGGUGAACUACACUGUCCUGGCAGAGGUCUGCAACCUGUGGCGUAACUACGAUGACAUCCAGGACUCCUGGGACAGUGUGCUUUCCAUCGUGGACUGGUUCUCUGCAAACCAGGACGUGCUGCAGCCGGCAGCUGGCCCUGGCCACUGGAAUGACCCAGACAUGCUCAUCAUUGGAAACUUUGGCCUUAGCUACGAGCAGUCCCGCUCCCAAAUGGCCUUGUGGACGGUGAUGGCAGCUCCGCUCCUCAUGUCCACGGAUCUCCGCACCAUCUCCCAGAGCGCCAAGGAGAUCCUGCAGAACCGCCUGAUGAUCCAGAUCAACCAGGACCCCCUAGGAAUCCAGGGGCGCAGGAUUGUCAAGGAGAAAUCCCACAUUGAGGUGUUCCUGCGCCCGCUGUCCCGGGCUGCCAGCGCCCUCGUCUUCUUCAGCCGGAGGACAGAUAUGCCCUUUCUCUACACCACCAGCCUGGCCAAGCUCCACUUCCCCAAGGACGCUGUGUAUGAGGUACAAGAUGUAUACAGUGGGAAGAUCAUCAGCGGCUUAAAGACGGGCGACACCUUCUCAGUCGUUAUUAACCCCUCGGGGGUAGUGAUGUGGUAUCUCUAUCCCACAGUGCUCCCAGCGCAGCCCUGGCACGUUGUCAGACAGCAAGCCCCUGGUGAGGGUUUCCGCCCGGUCCUCCUGUGACAAGGCUCAGCAGAUGGGGGUGUGGGUCAGUGCUGGGGUGAGCUGCGAGACCCUGGGGCACAUGGCUCUUCACUGCACAAAUGCUUUUCACUGGCAUGCCCAGCAGUGCUGGGAAGUGACCAUCAGGUCAUUCCUGCGGUACCAGCUUGAUGAUGUCCGCUCAGUUUGCGUAAAGCAGGAAUUCUUGUAACCCACCUCCUAAGGGUGUGCAGAGUGUGAUUGCUUGGUGAUUACAAAGCCCUUUGAGAUCCUCCUAUGGAAGAUGCCAUACAAGCAGAGUCCAGCCACUGUUGGAGUUUGUCAGCUCUGACACCUGAGCACUUCACUGCUUUGAACUGAGCAUCACCAACCACUGCAGGGGCUGUUUGAAUUAUGCCUGUAGAAAGGCCUUGGAUGCUUCAGUAUCUUCCAGGGUGAUGACCCCCCCCGCCAUGUGUGAUGGCAUUAGCCUCAAGGAUCAGAUCUGGCCCCUGCCUUUCCUCUGCUAUAAUCAGCUUAGCUUAGAAUAAGGGGCUGUUAAUAGGGCUGUACCCUUCCCAUACACACUCCCCAGGACCAAGAGCUCCUGGAGGCAUGAUGGUCCUGUGCAGAAAGGCUUUACUUGCAGGCCUGACCCUGCUGCCAGGAUCCUGGAGGCCAGCACUACUCCAGUCUAGCAUGCAUGUUAGCAUUGGA